CUGAGUGCCUCGGUGCCCUCACAGCUUCAGGACGACCACCCUGUGUUUCUCGCCUCCGUGUUCCUGAAGGAGAGUUUGACAUAGAGCUCGUAUCUCCGGUUUACCUCUGAUGUGGUCUACCAACGCGGGUUUCCCGGAUUCUCAGGCUGUCGCUGGAUGUAUCCUUCCGCUCGGACCGUAGCAGCGCGGCGAUGCACAGCCUCCUCUCCCCGGGAUGCGGCUCAGUUAGCUCCUCCGCUGGUCUGCCCGCUGCAAGCUAGCGGCUAGCGGCUAGCUGCCUCACUGCUAUACGGCCGGGCUGAUGGCGGGGUUCGUCCUGGAGCAGCUGUCGGACUUCGGGGACUUCCUCGGCGGCCAGGAGCUGGGCGAGGCUCUGGAAGCGGCGCACCACGGGCUGUCGGACGUCCGCAUGAGCCCGGACGGUCGUCACGUCCACGUCCUCCUCCGCAAGCCUCCAGCCGGACUCGUGACUUUUGACAAGCACGCAAGAGCUCAGCCGGUCCACAGCCAGAAGAAGCUGGACCUGUGUGCGAGCCGAGCGGUGCCCAUCGUGGACGUUCUGUAUCUGGAUCAUAAUAACAACAACAACAACAACCACAGCAGCAGCGGCAGCGGCAGGGAUGCGGUGGCCGUGGUGUACGAGACCGGGAGAGCGGAGUUCUGGAGGUUCCAGGAGGGCAAAGCGGGCUGGCACCUCCUGCAGACCUCGGACCUGUGCAACAGCCCCCGGGCCAGGGUGGUCUCCGUGUGCGUGUGCUCCAACCUGAUCAUCUGGUGCGAGGAGCGGCCGCCCUCGGAGAGCUCCCCGGCCCCGGGCUCCACCAGGAGCAAGUUCAGGUACUGUGUGUGCAGACGGGACUUCGAGGUGGAGGAGGGGGCCGUCAGCCUGGGGGGGGUGAAAAUCGCCCUCCACAACAAUCCCAAAUACACCCUGGUCAGCUCGGGUGAAUAUGUGCACCUUCUGCCCGAUCUGAAGGUGAAGCCUCUGUUGAGCGUGUCCAAGCUGUUCCUCUCCUGGUCCCCUCGGCAGGAGUCCUUCAGGAUCAGCACCACAUGCAAAAGCACAGCUCUGAAGAAGCUCUCGGCCAAGGAGUCUGACUUCAAGAGGCUGGUGACGGACUCUCUGGGGUUCCUGUCGACCCUCGAAACGCCUGAGAUCCUCGCCGUGUCGCCCACGGGCUGUGGAGGUCUGCUGCUGCUGCUCAGCACCGGCUGGCUGUGUCUCCUGCAGAAGGACGGGAUGCUGAGGCAGGUGUACAAGCAGGCCGACAACUGCCUGGCCAAGCAUGGGACCCCCACCAGCCUGUGCAUGUACCAGGACGUGGCGGCACUGCUGGUGGGGCACAACCUGCAUCUCAUAGACAUGAACUGUGGCCGGGAGCUGGAGAAGAUUGUGCUGAAGAGAGAAGGCCUGUUGUAUGCGAACCAGGCUGAUAGACAGACCCCCCACCUGCUCUCGGGGACUGGACUGUUUGUGGUGGUGAGCAAGGACACGGACUCCAGAGAUCGCAACUACAAGGUGAAACCGUCCGAUCGAGCGGAGUGUAUUCAUCCUGGAGCCCUCCUGGUGGAGGCUGUUUUUGAGGAGGCCUGUAAGUACUACCAGCAGAGGAGCCUGAGCAGCACCCAGCUCACUGUGGACACGCUGAAGAAAGGAGGCAGGUUCCAGGCUCCCAUCUCCUUAGCCUCCAUCCUGGGGAACUACAUCAGCACCGGGGCCAAGCAGAAGGGAGCCGAGGUGUCCCAGAACGGAGGAGGCGGCUGUGUGGCCGGGCAGGACAAGCUGAUGGGCUCUCUGGAGGCCGAGCUGAAGGCCCUGGUGUCUCUGGAGGAGCUGAAGGGCAGUUUGGUGAGAGGAAGUGUUAAAGAGGUGGAGGCAGUUUCUGAAAUUCUGGUGGAGGGAGAAGUAGCCAGACUGCUGUCAUUGUCUGAGCUGGAUAAAGAGCCUCUGCUUUACCUCAACUCCAUCUUCAGCAUCUUCCCGUGCCAGGCGUGGAGGGCGGCUCAGGCGGCCCUGCAGCUCCACCACAACGGGGAGGGGACUCUGUCCAGCAGCGCUCCGACAGAUGUGUGGAAAACUGUCCUGGGUGGGGGGCCGAGGACGAACCACAGCCCUAAAGGCGAUCGCGCAGCCAUUUGUAAAGUCAAAUCUCCAGGUUCCACUUCCCCAGCUUCCCUCCCUGUGUUUGAACUCCUCUGCCAGUCAGUUUUCCACUCGCAGCCCAGCUGGCUGCCCAGGUUCCUGGAGCUGGCCCAGCGGCAGCAGGGUUCAGCCGGCCUGGGCCUGAGUCUGACCUCCACCUCGUGGAACUUCACCGGCGGGAGAGGCAGGGAGGGCGGGGAGAACAACGUGCCGCUCUACAAACGAGCCAUCGGCGUCUUGUCCAGCCUGUGCUCGGACGGAGACCAGCAGCAGAACCUGGAGGUGGAGCUGCUGCUGGUCAGCGGGCGGCCCAACGCCAUCCUGCAGGCCAUGAGGGUCCUCAUCGCCAAGCAGAGGUGGGAGCGGGUCAUGCAGGUGGCCCAGACCUUCUGCAAACAGAGUCCGCUGCUCAACAAGGAGAUUUUCACUGCCCUGUUGUGUGAGGUGGCCCACCACAGAGAGCUGGACCCAUACCUGGAGCUUUUGUGGACCCUGUGCCCCGAGGACCUCAGUGUCACCACCAUAAUCAACUUGGUGCUGAAAAGCCUCCCCUCCCCUAACACCCCUGCCUCAUCCUCCUCUUCCUUCUCCAUGUCAACUACAACCUCCUCAUCCCCAGCUCCCUUUGCGGACUCCCACAGCAACCAGCUGACCAUCGGGCUGUUGAAACCUCUCCUGAGAAAAGUCCUUCAGCGGGAGACCAAGCCCAGCCAGCACUACGCUGACAUCCUCCAGUCCCCUCUGUUUCCUCCUCCGGCGCCUCCUCGUCAGCCCGCGGAGCAAACAGGGAACUUUGCAGAUCCCAGCACAGACUUGGGCAGCAACAUAUCCCCUUCUCCUCUCACGGAAACACCUGAACACCAGUCGUCCACACACACGUCUGUGCAAAGGGCGACUGUGACAAUACCUGCUAACCCAUUUUGCUUUACAUAAAUGAACAAAUACCCUCAAAAGGCUAAAAAGACGGUCUUAAAGGAAAUACCAUAAACAGAUCUGGCCAAACUGUGAAACAGUGUGUUGACAAUCGUUUUAAAACCUAAUAUCAGUGUUUUCCAGGUCUCAUCAGUGUAAUACAGCUUUACAACAGAUUGGUAAUUUCACAUGAAGUACGACAACUCCAAACUAUGAAAUGACUACUGAAGAUCUUACCAGUGUAAAUACGACAGGGGAUUUUUAAGUCUUAAUGUGUAUAUACUGUGUUUGCAUUGUUAUUUAUCUCUUAAGCCUUAACUGCACGUAGAUGAGAAGGUUAUUGCAUCGAACAGGUUUAGCCUUUACUGGAAUAUCAUCAAUACAUAGUAAUAAUCUGUAAAGUGUUUAGCCACUAACUCCCUAUUUUUGGGGUUUGAUUCUAUCUGUGUAGAAUAUUUGCCACGUAAAGUAGCUCACUUCUGCUAAUUGUAGCCGAGUUUAGCUGCCGCAUGUCAAAGUGCAUUCCUGCAGUGGGUAAUCUACUGAGUUUUAUCCUGACAAGCUGGCCUUUGUGUUUGAAUGUUUGUUUUAAGUGAGGAGUGAAGGGAGGGUGGUCCAAGGUUCCUCUCUUGUUGUAUUGAACAUGAUCUAAGUACUUCAACAGUAACCCGAUUUUGAUGUACUCAACCAGAACUUCUCUGAGCAAACCUCCAGACAGUCUUUCUAUUUUCUUUCGCCCCGUGAAGUCCAUGUUUGUCUCUCGACUCCAUCUUGUCCCCGUCUCACAGGACAUUCCAGACUGAAUACCCAGUAAGACCGACUCACAGUUCGACUUUAAAUUCAAUUAUAUUAAAUUCAAGUGAGGAUUGGGCACAUUGUGACUAACGCGGGCGCCCUGCUGGUUGCAUAAGGUCAUGGACCCAGUCAGGGUAAUGUUAUUAGAGAUGUCAGGCCCUCUGUCUCUCUUCAUGCUAUCUUUUUUUUUUCUUUCAUUGCUCUGAAACUGAUUGCACUUUUGAAAUCACCCCAGUCAGUAUUGGUUGCACCGUGCUUUUGUAUGAAUCCAUUGAAAUGAAUGUUUAUCUGAUUUAAGUGCUGUAAGCAAAAGUGUAUUUAAGUGCCUGUUGUCUUCGAUGCCUUUAGUGAUUUCUUCUUUUGCUCAUCGUUGUCACAGAAAGUGUUUUUUUGUACGUGGAGCCCUUCAGAACAAAAUGGUUAUUUAUGUUUUGACAAUCCUCGAGCGGCUACUGAAAAUGAAACUUGAGGCUCCACGUGAGCGAGGGACUGACAGAGAAACUCCUGUGUGUGUGUGUGUGUGUGUGUCUCUUAAGUUACAAUCAGACUCCAAAAUGCUGCCGAACAGGCGUGCCUUUCACAGAGCUGCUCUUCAUUAACAAGUCAGUGUUACAUUUCUGCUGCGUCUCCCCAGUCGCAGAUGAGGAGCUGGAGGUCGAUCAGAGGAUCCUCCCUCUUUAACGCAGAGCACAAUGUUUUGCCGUCUGCUGGUUCCUUCCUCUGAUCUGAUCGGUGUAUUAAUUGUGCCACUUCGAGCUCUGUACACUUAAAAGUUGUGACAAAAGCUGUGCUACUGAUCUCAGUGGAGUGCCACGAGUUUCACUGACAUGUACCAACAUCUGACAGUAGCUGGGAACUCCCUAAAUUCCCCAGACAGACCUCACAGCGCAGUGUUAUGAAUCCCCAGAUGUUAAAUAUUAAUUUGCCUUGAACUUUGCUUUUGGUUUUGUUAACAAAUACAAAGUUCCUCUUGGAUAUGCCUGACAAAGUUUUGUUUACUUUUGGUGAUCCUGUAUUUGAAAAAAGCAAAAAAAGAAUGUGUACCAGUAUUUAAUGAAUGGGUGAUGUAUGCUAUUAAA